AUGAAGGAAUUUCAGAGGAGAGAGAGUUUGAACAUAGAGGAAGUUGAGAAGAUGGAGUGUGGUAGUGGUUUACUUCAGUGUUAUUUAUUACUGAAGGCAAAUGGAGUGGAUCAGUUUGUGCAGGCUGGUAAAUUCAGAAUUCAGAAAAUGUAUAAGUUUCUUCAUCCAGUUGGAGCUCAGGUGGGAUGGAAGAGAUUGAUUUGUAAUAGCCAUGCUAGUCCAAAGAGUACCUUCAUUAUGUGGCUAGCAGUGCAGAACAGACUAGCUACAAAAGACAAAUUGAUAAGAUGGCAACUGAGUAUUGAUGGUACUUGUGGUCUGUGUCAGUUGGAAAGUGAAAGCUUGGAGCACUUGUUCUUCUCUUGCUCUUAUUCUCAGGAGAUUUGGAAACAGGUUCUGCUCUCUCUAGGCGUGACUAGAGCUGUGUUGCCUUGGCAUGAGGAGGUUCAGAUUGCAGUGAAGAAAAGCAGAAAUAAACAGAAGCAAGCUUGCAAGUAUAGUAUAGCUUUCAUUGAGUCAGUUUACUGUGUUUGGUUGCAAAGAAACUCUAAGGUUUUUAGGGAUCAUGUUGAUCCAGUCAAAACUGUUGUUAGCAACAUUAUGUUUAAUGUUGAGUGUAGAUGUCAGUAG